GCGAACCCAACGCUAUUUUUUUGUGAUUCCGGUCAGAUCCGUUUAACUCCUCCGGCUCCGGCAAUCUCUUUCUCCCACUAACGGCGACGUUCCGUUCACCGGCCGAGUGAUGGACUCGGAGUCUACCAUACCCGAUUCACAAACGGACCCACUCUCGAACCCGUUCGACAACCUGUGCCACGACCUGAAUUCCCUCCAAGACCUAGCCACCCGCGGCGCGUGGCGCUCCAUCAUCGACAAGGUCUCACGCGCCAGAGCUCUCUCUCUCCUUCAGAAGCCUCACGAUCACCUCACCUACCUCGCCUUCAACGUCCUCGCCUUCACAAAACUGCGUCGUUUCAACGAAGCUUCCGCUGAGCUCGAUUCCGUUGAAGACCUCGAUAGCUCUCACUACAGGUACGAAACCUACCCGAAAAUAUACUCGAAUCGGGUCGGAUCCAUGGUCCCUUUCUCUCUCCGAUGGCUCCAUGCCCUAAUUCCAAUCAAAUUGGGGCAACGCCAGCAAGGGAUGGAUCGGUUGUACCAUCUCCUCGAUUUCGUGCGCGAGAAGCUGAAGGAGAAGGAAAUGAACAAUCUCGGUGUUUCUCUUGAUGUGUGGAGGAAAAGAGAGGUUUUUGUUGUGAACUGUAUAAUAGGGCACCAUUUGAGUCAGAAAGAGUUUGGUGUGUGUUUGAGCUUGAUGAAGAACUUGCUUUCUCGUGAUGCUUAUUCUUCCGAUCCUUUGUUGAUUUCUCAACUUGGGUAUAUCCAAUUGCAAAUUGGUGACUUGGAGGGUGCGAAAGUUUCUUUUUUUAAAAUCGAGGGGGAAGGGAAGAGUAAUGGGUCGUUGAGCGAGGUUGAGGUUAAGAAUCUUGUGAAUCGAAAUAAGGCAUUGGUGUAUAUGGUUGGGAAGGAUUAUGUAUCUGCAGUGAGGGAGUAUGAAGAGUGCAUUGAGAGGGAUAAUUCGGAUGUAGUGGCUGUUAACAACAAGGCUUUGUGUUUGAUGUAUCUAAGGGACUUGUCUGAUUCUAUCAAGGUGUUGGAAAAUGCGCUUGAAAGGGUUCCUACCGUGGCUCUCAAUGAAACUCUUGUUGUCAAUUUGUGUAGUAUGUACGAAUUGGCGUAUGUUAAUCACUCUGAUAUUAAGAGAACGCUUAGUAGUUGGAUUGCUCGUGUUGCACCUGAUGACUUUGAUGCAACCUGUACUCGUACAUGAGGCUAGUUUCUUUUCUUUCUUUUUCAUCACCCAUUUCCAUUUCCCCCCUGCAACUAGCAUUCUUCAAAUGUAUGACGAAUUUGUUUUAUUAACAGGAUGUUACUUUUUCAUAUUUUACAUGCAUAAUUUAGUUCUUUGCCCAUUC